UUUUUAAAGCCGGAGGCCCCGUUGUUGAAGUCCUGUUUAUCACCGAGUCAGCUCGGAGUCGCGCACACAACUUCGUUUUAUCCUGUUUUUCUCGUUUUUGGGAAGAGAGAAAAUACAAGAGAGUAAAAAUGUUUCGGACCAUGAUUAGUCAGUCUAAGAAGCACCCCAGUUUGAUCCCCCUGUUCAUUUUCAUUGGUACUGGAGCUGCAGGGGCAGGCAUGUACCUCACUCGCCUGGCACUGCGUAACCCUGACGUCAGCUGGGACCGCAAGAACAACCCUGAGCCCUGGAACAAGUUGACACCCAAUUCCCAGUACAAGUUUUAUGCUGUGAACAUGGAUUACAGUAAACUGAAGAAGAACGGACCUGACUUUUAAAAACACUUCUCCUGCCAGUCACUGCACCACAGCAAAUCCGCACAUCGACAGAAACCACAAAGCGACUCGCACAAAGAAUCUCAGUGUUUAUACUGUCUCUGUCUCAGCCACGCAGGCCCACACAGGGCACAGCGUCUUCCUGACCUUGUUGUAUUUAUGGCUUGUCUGCAACAGUGAAAUAAAGCAGAUGCCUCUUGUA